CCGAGCGUCCACACGCGCAUCACUGAGUACACGGAGAUGGGAAAGGCGCUCCAUGGGAACACAUGGGAUCCGGCCACCCAGCCCCUUUCUGGAGAAGCCAUCAUGAGGGCAGGAGGAGGGAAGAAGCACGGCCGUUACUGGAUCGCCAACAACCUUGUCGACACAGCCAGUACGCCGACUCUCUCCCAGCUUCGGGCAAGGACCACCGACUCGACCCCGCCAAUACGCCCACGGCCUGAGACUUCAGUGGCCAGCGUGCGUGCAAUCCAGGCCCGGAUGGACGAAGAGACGAAGAGGCGGGAGGAGAUCGAUGCGAGGCUGGAGGAGGAGCGGACGCUAAGGCAGGAGCAAGAGCGCAUGUGGUAGGAAGAGCGGAUGCAGGAGCGGUAGAGGAUGGAGCAGGCGCUUCUUGCUGAGCGAGAGGCCGCGCAACAACAGAUGCAGACCAUGUUCUCAUACCUCCAAGGCCUUGGCGCGACAAUCAACUAUCAACUACCGCCAACGAUGCCCUGGCCUCCACCACCGCUGCCACCGCUAGGCCUUCCUUCUA